GUUUUCUGGAUUACAUGACAUUUUUGUGUGUAGUAGGAUUGUACUUUGCUCCAGCAAGAUAACACUUGUUAAAUAAAUGAAGUUUUUGGUUUUGACGAGAAUUUGCAGUUGCAUCAGGUUUUGCAAUUUUCAAGGCUGACAUCUGAGUUAUGCUUAAAACUACAUAACUCUUCCCUCAGUCUGUAUUUUCCUCUCUGCAGAACGUUUUCCUCUAUAUUGACUUGAGCAGAAAAUUGUAUUACCUGCUUAAUGCUCUUAAUUUCUGGUGACAUAUUUUUCUAGAAUUGGAAGAUGGGUCCAUGUUUGCAAGAAAGCUGGUUUGCUCAUAUUUUAACUAUAUUCAUACAUGGCUAAUAUGGUACAGCACAGAGUUCUGUAGGAUGUAUUUAGAUGUACUGUGUUUCAGUUUAUAUUUGUAAUCAGGCUUUGGCAAUCCAGCAGGCUUCCCCUCCAGUUCCUGAAAUACAAGCCUGUGCUAAAGCGCUGCCGUUAAUGUCAUGGCUAAUGCUGAUACAUCUGUAAUGUAGUUAUCAGAUUGCUAAUUAACUCAUAGCCACACAAAAGAACGCACUCAAAAUUCYUCUUUUUGUUGGCCGUCUCAGUGGAUUUGCAGGAAUUGAAAGGGCAUGCCCAGGAUUCAUUUAUUUUGGUGAUGUCGACAAUGUUAUUAGCUCAGAUAAAUCGAGACUCUCAGGGAAUGACGGAAUUUUCUGGAGGAGGAAUGGAGGCCCAGCACGUGACUCUGUGUCUAACAGAAGCGGUAGCUGUGCAAGGUGAACCUUCAGAUGGUGACAACUUGGAAAACAUGGAAGGUGUAAGUUUGCAAGCAGUUACCCUGGCUGAUGGCUCCACUGCUUACAUACAGCACAAUUCUAAAGAUGGUAAAUUAAUGGAUGGCCAAGUGAUUCAAUUAGAAGAUGGUUCUGCUGCUUAUGUUCAACAUGUACCUAUGCCUAAAAGCAGGGACAGCCUGCGUCUGGAAGAUGGACAAGCAGUUCAGCUGGAAGAUGGAACUACGGCAUUUAUUCAUCACACCUCAAAAGACAGUUAUGACCAGAGUGCAUUGCAAGCUGUGCAGCUGGAGGAUGGAACCACUGCCUACAUCCACCACACGGUGCAGAUGCCACAGUCAGACACCAUUUUAGCCAUCCAGGCUGAUGGCACAGUGGCAGGACUGCACACAGGAGAUGCUGCCAUCGAUCCAGACACCAUCAGUGCUUUGGAACAAUACGCAGCCAAGGUGUCUAUUGAUGGAAAUGACACUGUUAGUAGCACAGGAAUGAUAGGUGAAAAUGAACAAGAUAAAAAAAUGCAGAUUGUCUUGCAAGGACAUGGAACAAGAGUGACUGCAAAAUCUCAACAAACUGGAGAGAAGGCCUUUCGCUGUGAUUAUGAUGGCUGUGGAAAGCUGUACACAACAGCUCACCAUCUUAAGGUGCAUGAAAGGUCUCACACAGGAGACAGACCGUAUCAGUGCGAACAUCCUGGGUGUGGCAAAGCCUUUGCAACAGGGUAUGGGUUAAAAAGUCAUGUGCGAACACACACUGGUGAAAAGCCUUAUCGGUGCACAGAAGAGAAUUGCACCAAAUCCUUCAAGACUUCUGGAGACCUGCAGAAGCACAUUCGAACCCACACAGGUGAAAGGCCUUUUAAGUGUCCCUUUGAAGGAUGUGGCAGGUCAUUCACAACAUCUAAUAUUAGAAAGGUUCACAUCAGGACACAUACAGGCGAAAGGCCUUAUUACUGUACAGAGCCGGGAUGUGGGAGAGCUUUUGCCAGUGCAACUAAUUAUAAGAAUCAUGUGAGAAUACACACAGGGGAGAAGCCCUAUGUCUGUACAGUUCCUGGCUGUGACAAACGUUUCACAGAGUAUUCCAGUUUAUACAAACAUCAUGUUGUACAUACUCAUUCCAAACCAUACAACUGCAAUCACUGCGGGAAAACCUACAAGCAGAUCUCCACCCUUGCUAUGCACAAACGGACAGCACACAAUGACACAGAGCCCAUUGAGGAAGAACAAGAGGCUUUCUUUGAGCCACCUCCAGGUCAAGGUGAAGAUGUGCUCAAAGGCUCCCAGAUCACCUAUGUGACAGGUGUUGAGGGAGAAGAUGUCAUUUCUGCACAGGUUGCUACAGUUACUCAGUCAGGAUUAGGCCAACAAGUAGCAUUAAUAUCCCAGGAUGGAACCCAACAUGUGAACAUAUCCCAGGCAGACAUGCAGACCAUCGGCAAUACCAUCACUAUGGUGACACAAGAUGGCACCACCAUCACAGUCCCUGCCCACGACGCCGUCAUCUCCUCUGCAGGAACGCAUUCUGUAGCGAUGGUCACUGCAGAGGGCACCGAGGGACAGCAGGUUGCUAUUGUGGCCCAGGACUUAGCAGCGUUUCAUAGUGCCUCCUCAGAAAUGGGACACCAGCAGCAUGGACACCAUCUAGUGACUACAGAAACUAGACCUGUUACAUUGUUGGCCACAUCCAAUGGGACACAAAUAGCAGUGCAGCUUGGAGAACAACAGUCUCUGGAAGAAGCUAUUAGAAUAGCCUCCAGAAUACAACAGGGUGAAACACCAGGGAUUGAUGAUUAACUUCUAAAACUGCUACCAGAACAAUAGUGAGAGGUAUUUUAUUUUCAACCAACAAAGGUCCAUGCCAGCAGCAGCCCAUAAAAACUUUGAAGUCCCCCACUCACUGAUACUGUGUACACAUUUUAUGCAAGAGUGAAGAACAUUUUCUAAGUUUUGUGUACAUAACCCUUGGAAUGGACUGACAUCAUCUACUUCCAACCGUUGUAUUCAGGAAUAUGGAAUUAGGAUUAUAUAGUAAACUUCCUUGUUAUCCUUUCAUCAGAUUUCAGACUGGUCUACAAGCAAGUGAAAAAUAGAAGUAUUGGAAUUAAUUUUUAAUGUUAUGUACAAAUAAUGAAGGCAUUACUGAAGAUUUCAGUUGUUUAAAGAACCAUUUCAGGAACCCUUACAAAGGCAACAAAGCCUUUUUAAAUUGCAUUCCAUCAAUGGAAAAGUCUUGGAUUUUGAGCCUACUACUGUAAAUCUUCAUAUUUUGUUUUGUUUCAUACAGAUUUGAAUACUCUUUAGGUGAUCUACCCCAUCUCAUUCAUUGUAAAUACAGACUGUUAAUGCUGGAAGUGCUAAUUAUAUUAUCUUUAAAUUGGAUUAUGUACAAAGAACUGGUUGUUCAAUAUUAAAGAAAGUAAAUCUAAUGAUUCUGUUUCUUUACAUAUUUUACUUAAGAUGUUACUCUCAAAUUAUUAUGCAAUAAAAUAUAGCAAGAUUGUAUUGUUUAGAUAGGAUGAUAUUGUCAUGUGACGUAUUGUUUUAAUUCUUACUGAGACUGAAGUUCAAAUUAUUUAUUUACGGUCUUGUAUAAAUUUUUCCAAAGUUUAUUUAUCAUAAACUGAAUUUUUUGACAUUAAUUUUGAUUGUAAUCCACUAUAGUGUAUUAAGCAAUUAUACUGGUAAUAGUUAUUUCAGACAUUCUAAAACACUACAAGAAUGAUUUUUCCCUAAGAGGUGAAGUUACCCAUUUGCAAGAGAAAUAUUUUCAAAUGGUGCAUUUGCAGCAAAAGUACAAAUGCUAAUGGYCUAUUUUCAAUAGUUCUGAGUGCCUGCUGCUACCAUUCAGUACCUAGGAUGUGCUGAUAAUCAGUGCUUUUGAAAAAUCAGGACACAAGUUACUAGAAAAAAAGGGAUUAAUGAUAAUGGAAGUACAAUACUCCUCUCCAGCUAUCAUUCUGUAAAGGAAAAAAUCCAUUGUAGAUAUGUCUAACACUGCAAAAUGUCUAAUACUGCAAAAUGUAACUUUCAGUUUUUUUAUAUGAAGAACUGUUUUUACUCUUGUCUUGUUAGCAAGCUGGUUAAGCAAGUUAAAAUUUUUGGUUUCCUGUAAGAUUCAGUGCUUAUUUUAGAUUAGUGUCAAGGGCACUUCUGAAACUGAAGCCUCACCUUUUGCCUUCUCAAGGGAAGGACUGAACACCUUCUGGACAAAAUCUUUAUUAUGUAAUCCAGGUAUUGUGAGGUGCACAUUCUGCAUAAAAAAAAAUGAAGUCCAUAACUAAGUACCUUGAGGUAUUUGACCUCAGAAAGGCCAAAUUUUAUUAGAAUGAGCUAAUUUAUUGUGAAUUACUAUAUCUGUGUGGCUUGCAGCCUUUUAUGUUUUCUACACAAAGGCCAACUGUAAAGUGCAGUGAGAGAAUCCAGUAUUGUGGGAUAGAUGGGGACAAAGCAAAGGCUAUUCUCUGCAUAAAUUACAAAGUAAAACUUGAAAACAUUUAGGUUGUCUGUAACUUUUGUAUAGGAUUGAGGUUGCUUGCUCACUUAGGUGCCAGUUUUCCUGAAAUGUUGUAAAUCUUGAUAUCCCAUGGAGAUAAAUGUACUAUGCAAGGAGGAUUAAUUGCCUGUCAACUAGAUUAGUUUCUUAGUACUUAGCCCCUUUUAGAAAUUAAAGUUGUCUCAUUUGACAUGAAUGUUCAAGGAUUUUUUUUUCUUAAAUUUCAUUGCUAAUCAUUUCUGGAAACAGUGGCUGGAAUGGUGGCUUUGACUUAGCAAAGAAAUAACUUCAGUUCUUACUUCUCAUUUCCCAGGACAUUCUUUGACCACUGUGCAAAUGUGAGUAUUCUUUCUCUUUCAUACAAGUUGGAUUGCUGCAAGGUGUUCAUUCACGACCAGCUCCAUCAUGAAAACCUGUAGUAUUUUUAAAUCAUUUCUGUGACUGUUACCUUACCAGUUAUGCUCUCGCAAAACUCCCAGGUCAAAGGUGGUGCUUCCAUGUUUUGCUAGUUACCUCUACAAAGGAAAACUUAGUAAAUAAGGUAGAGUGACGUAGAUUGCUUGGUGUUUAAAGAGAAGCUGAGGUGUUUAUAUGUGCCUUAGGUGCAAGGCCUACCUUCAUGAAAGACUUGUGUUUGGCGUGGAGAGACCUUGAUGAUGAUUCCCUCCUGCUUCCCUUCAGACAGAUGUGGAAGGAGCUGUUUUGGUAAGCUGAUCCUGCAUUGUUGGCAUUGGAAGGUCUUUUAGUGGAGUUUAGACAGGACAAGGUCAGAUUGGAUAGGAAAACUGGCCAAAAGCAUUUCAGGAGGAGGAAGCAAAGAAUAUGACAGGACUGGGUGCCUAACAGUAAACAUCUCUAUACCCACAGAUUUUACCCCUCAUUUGCAAAUUAUUUCAAAGAGAAUGCUUUGGCACAGCAGAAAGAAGUACCUUGAAAAGAUGAACCCUGUAAAGUAAAUCAGCUCAGUAUAUCACUGUCCCUUACGAGCUGACUCCCACAUUUCCAGUCAUCAUUUUUCUCUUGUGUUUGAAUUCCAGGCCUAUACCAAUUCUCCCCAUAACGGAAUAAGCUCAAAGUGUCUCUAGACCUUGCAGUCAACUUUUCCCUUUUAAGUAUUUCUACAUUUUUCUCCAAUGGUGAGCUUUGUUUUACUGUGAUUGAGUGCUUCUCCUGAUAGUAAAAGAGGGAAUUAUUUUCCCUGCUCCAGGCUGAUGAUCUAUUGUGCCAGAUGCACUCUGCAUAACAACAGGACAGCUUUUACCCUAAAGGGCUAAUGGUUUUCAUAAGAGUAAAUCCUGCUGUAAACAGCCCUCAUCCCUGCCGGUGUGAUUAAGCCCAGCUCAGCUGACUGAUACCGCAGAUAGUCGGUGUGAGACGGGCACGUGGUAUGUGCUCAGCACACAAGGGAAGGACGGGGCUCACGGACCUGAUAAACAAUGGCUGAGCUUGGAAGGCCGUUCUUCCUAAAGUUUACUCUGGUGUCUGACCCUCCUAACCUCUCAAAUACUGCAGGCAUUUGUCUGACUGGCUGCUCUGGUUUCUGCGAAGAUUGUGCUGUAGCAGAGAAAUCCCUCCGCAUUGCUGUGCUCUUCCCAGGGCAGUCAGGGAGCCUUUCUCAGGGACAGGCAGCCAUUUAAUCGGGGUUUAGCCGCCGAGGAAAGGUGGUGUGGAGUCAGGAGCUGAUCAAAAGGGUUUCUGGUUUUCUGAGUCUGGCAACUCCAACUCUACAGCUGUUGAGAUUUAUCACUGUACACCUUAGGUGGCCAUAGCUUCCACUUAUCAAGGUACAGAAAUGCCCUGUAACAAACCUAUUCUGGUCACUCUUAGUUUGACAUUGAAUGAAGACGAGUUUUCUGUUAAAAUUUUCUGUAUAGUUUCAAACAGCCAAGUAAAAUUUCGCUAAUGGUUGGGUGGGAUGGAAACUGAUUUUCUUAAGCAGCAAGGUGUUACGAGACUGGAAAUGACAAUUAACUUGUGUCUUGUCCAGCAGUUAAUUAACAGGAGCUUUAAGAAUGUAUUUAUUCAGCAUGCAUCAUUUUUGUCUUGAAAAACAUGGAAAUUGCCUUGUCUUAAGAGAUGCAUAAGAUCCAACUCCAGCUCRUUGUUUAUAAUAAGGUACUCCUGGCUUUUUAUUUGCAAAGUAUAUAUUUGAGCACCCUAUUUCCUAAAAGUAUCUUGUGCUGUCUUGAUAAAAACCUGCUAAAGCAUAGGUACCUAUGAAAACAAAACAAAAAGUCAAGAGUCAUUUUCAGUCUUUUUGUUGUAAAUAGUAAACUACACUCAAACUGAGGCUCAAGAGCAAGCAUUCUUCCUUGUGCUACAAAUUGUAAAAUGUCCCAUCAGUUUGGCAUUCCUUUGAUUCUAUUUUUCAUUCUGCCGGUGAAGUUCACUUGGCCAAAGGAAAAUCUAACAAUCUCAUUAGGCCAUCACCAUUAGCACUAAGUGGUUGACACCUAUUCCUAUCAGGAAUGGGCUGAUACCAGACUUUUUCAACUGAAUUCAAAGCAGACUUUAAUUAUCCCAAUAAACAUACAAGCUUAUAUCAAUUAUCCCAAUAAACACAGAAGCCUAUAUAUCAACAAGUGAGCACUUUGUCCUACACAGUCUGUGUAUUUAUCUCUGCUGGAAAUGUGACCUCUUUAAAUCCAAUCCAUUUUAGGUUCUGAAACAGUGAGAAAUUUUCUUUGGAUUAUUGCUUUUCUGUUUAAUUAUUUGUAGCAUUUUGCUCAAAGAGAUGGCAAACCAUUUACACUUUCAGGGCACAAGUAAUUGGGUGGAACCUUUUCUGUAAUGAAAAAGUAUCUUAUGUUGCUGUCAAAACCGCAGUGUUUCACCCUUUUUUUCUGUUUAAAUCCAUCAUCAGCCUUUAGGUUGAUUGGCUGCUGCUUUUUACUUACUUUUCAAGAGAGUUUUAGAAUUUCCAUCAUGCUACUGCUUGGUUCUAUAGAAUUUGCUGAGAGGUUCCUGAACAGGCAUCUUAGUGAGGCAAGACAAGACAAGAGGCCAACUUCCCAAAUCUGGCAGGUUUGCUGGCAUAACACACAUGGAUGUAAAAAGCUUCUGGAGAUACAACAGUGAUCUAAAGCUACAUUUUCAGUGGGCUUUUGGAAUUGGAAUAUUGGUCACAGUGACUGAAAAAUCAGAAAGUACAAGAAUUGUUUGUGGGAUAGAUGGGAUUAGCUGCCUUUUUUUUUUUUUUAAACAGAUGCAUGCAAGACAGUAAGAGACAAAUUUUGAAUGGAUGUGGGUUCCUAAAGCCAGUGUUAGUGAAAAGACUCAGCUUCUUAAAAAAAUCUUACUAGGCUUUUAUCUUUUUAUCUGCACAUCUGAAAAUGUUUGCAAAAGGUUUUAUCWUAAAUGAUGUGCAUAAGAGAUUAUUAGAAGAAGAGUAAUAGAUUUGAAUAAAGACAGAGUACCUCUUCUAUUGUUUUGCAUGUUCCCUGAUGGAGAAAAAGCAAACAGGUUAGUGAUAGAAGUAAAUUAGUAGUGUAGUGACUACUUAGUUUCAGUGCAUUAGAUAUUCUGAUGGUUUUAAUUGCUGGUACAAAAUCUUCCUAUUUUGAUUAUUUUAACUUGGUCUUAACAGAAGGUACCUGUUACAGUGUGUUUCUUACCUGAGCACAAUUCUCAGGAUCAAAUUGUUUUGCCAUUUUCUUGUUAAGUAGAUUUCAAGUGUUAAAGAGGCAGACAAGCAGGCAAAAAGGGAAUCACUAAAAAUUGUCAUGAGUGUGUGCUUUCAUAGUCUGAGAAUUACUGAAUAGUAUGUGACUGCUUGGCACAACCUGUACUUUUAAAAUGUGCUUUACACGUGCAUUUUUAACUUCUGAGUACCUUCAGAUCUUCCCUGAAAUUCCUACAUUCUGGAUACAGAAGCUGUUCUUUACUUUGUGGAAACCAUGGUGCUGUCAAAUUCCCCUUUCUAUUCUCUACUUUGUUCUCUUGCUGUUAUUAUUUAGAGUUCCUGGGUGAAUGCAUGCCUGAGAAAUAUUCUCUCUGCCUGCAGACUAUAAAGUGAACAAGAACUGGCAUCUAUUGGCAUGUCUUUGAUAUACAAAGUCAAUUUUUGAUGGGAAACUCAUUUAACUCAGGACCUUGUAAUGAAGAGAAAGAGGUUGCUAGCUAACAGCAGCUGUUAGCAGCACAACCCCAGAUAAAAUAAUCRUCAAACUGCUCACCUUUAGGCUGUCAGUGGCACAGAGACAACAUCUCUCAGUUGGCACCAGUCUCUUACACUGAGACCUGUUGCCCUUGUAUAUGCCAAUUCUUGUGUGAACACUGGAAUGCUAUCACUCGUACUGGUGAUAAGCACACUGGUCCAUGGCUCUCUGCUGAAAACUAAGAUAAAAGCUGGGAAAAUAGCAAUGAUCUAUCGCUGCUCUCCCUUCUCUACCAACAGCCUUGGCCUGUAGUAUUUCUGUUUUUCAUAAAAGCAACUUGACCUUCUUCCUCUUCUGCUUUUUCACUCUAUUUACACCUCUCAUAAUAAGGUGAAUCAUGGCGGCUCACAUAAAAUGGGUUUCAUCCAGAUUUGGCAGAACUCUUCUAAUAUGAUGCAAAUUGUUUUGGAGGAUUGCAGAUGACCUUGCAAGUGUGGGAAUCCUGACAAGAUGGCAACUUCUCCACUUCUGUGGCAGUUCUGACAGCCAGACAAAUUGGCCUUUGAUUUAUUUCUUCCCUAUUCAUCAUUAUUUGAGUUCCCCUGCUACCCACAAAAGUUGGAAAAAAUGGUUUCCUUGAGCUUGAAAACUCUUAGUUAAAAGCAGCUGUUUGUCUAUGAGUGUGUGCUGCUCCAGAUAAGUAUUUCUGGUAGCAAAAUCUUCAGUGUACCAUAAAAGCAAGUAAUAUAUUAAAAAAAAAAAAAAAGAAAAAAGUCAAAUUUGCAAAUAUAUCCUGAAAAGCGUUAAACCGCUCAAAUUUGUAGGAAUAUCAGGCAUUGCCGAGACAUCAGUUCAUGUGUUGUUACAUCUAUUUGAAGAAUCAGGGCUUGAGUCUGCAAGAUCUGUAGCAGCUCAAAGGUGCAAUUUAAUUAGCUUCAGAGAAUUUGAGAUUAAUUUGGCUCUGAGAGUGCGGCACAGUGGAAGCCUGCAGAGCCCCUCCUCGCUCAACUCUCUUCCUCCUGUGGUGGUAUCCAUUGCUCAAGUUCUCUCUGUGAGGGAAUUGGCUCUGUCGGCUCUGUAGCCAGGCUGUUCCUAGGGCUUCUAAUGCUAAUUACAGGUGUCACAGGGGACAGGGAAGCAGAGUUGCCACAUUCAGUCUUGGGCUAAAAUCAUUUCUCCAACACAACUGUUCAUGGGUCUGUCAGACUACAGCAGAAGAACAACUGAUGCAAGUUCAAAGCAGCACAUAUAUAGAGCUUGUGAAUCCUUACAUAGCAGCUAUGCAUUUUGUGAGCUACCUAUUUAUUCAAUACUUUCCUAAUUGAUUUCAGAAUGAAAAUAAACUUUCUUUUACUAUCAUUGUGUUACUGUUGUUUCCUUCUUUCUCUAUUCUUUUUUUCCCUUUCUUCUUGUAUCUGUCUUCAGAAAUACCUUCUUUGUACAAACUGAUUGUUUGGAUUGAUUGUUCCACCCAAUUUUGUCACUCAACUGUUCCAGUGAUUAGCAAUUAGAUAAAUUCAAUUACAACAGGGCUUUUGAACUUCAGUUUGCCACUUGCUYUUACUAAAACCUGUGUCUGUAGACUCCAGAAAGCAGUGCAGCAUCAGUUAUAUUAAGGCUGAGUUUGGGAAGGAAACAGCAGCUUUGACAUUACAGGGGGAGGGAUUUAUUCAAAAGCUUACAGUCUUUAAACUUCUUCAAAGAAAAGGAAACUUCACAAAUAAC